UCCCUUGUUAAGCCGCUUUAGCUCUGCCGAAAAUCGUUGGCGAAUCAAUAAAAAAAAUGGAAAUCGUAAAAUUAGCAUUGGUCAAAGAUGGACGUUACACCCUUUGUUAUCUUGACGGCUUUCUAUACAAUAAAAAGAAGCUCCGAUAUGGAAGGACAAAAUGGGUAUGCCUGGACGAAGGAAUCUGCCCAGCUUAUUUCACGACCAUUCAGAAUGCAGAAGGCGAAACUGUAUUGAUUCACGCAAAAUCGGAACUCAUCCACUGUCACGAUCCUCAGCCAGAACCAGCACUUUUCUCGAAAUCAGGAAAAAUGAUAAUUCAGGGUUGUGUGGAAACUCAUCGUUGGUGGAUUAAGAGCAUUCUCGAGGAAUUCCUUUUGUUCGCUUAGAGUGACUGAACGCACUACUCCUGCAUUGGUGAGGUGAACUUGUGAUUGUGAUAGCUCCGUG